AUGUCUAGCACAAUGGAAGCCGAAGUGAAAGAGAACUCGGAAAAUGUCGCUCCCUCCACGGAGCAGUCGCUUCUCAAGCAUGUAGAAGAGGUUAAGGAUGACAAGCCAAGUGAAACUGAGACAGUUAAGGAUAAUCAACAGCAGCAAAAGGCAGAGAAAGGUGGUCAAACCAGUGCUGACGGUGGUGAUAGCGAGACGCGUCAGGUUCGCAUCCGAAAACAGGUUCAACGAUUCUCUGAUACUUUGAGCAAACGCUAUGCAGAUGAGCAAGCUGCAAAGGAGAAGGCCCAUGACGCAGUGGCUUCCCAAUUCGGUAAAGGUUCCGGCACGCCACUAGGCGAUAUUCCUCUAAUCGAGUCGUCCAUUCGUGGGUGCAAACCCAUGGAUUUAAAAACUCUUCAUCAUAUCUGCUUUGGUCGCAUUGGUAGUGUUGCUGAGGUUCGAUCAAACUUGCGUAAAUUCAGUGGAUUUUCUUUUGAUCGUGACUCAGAAGAAUAUGGGAAACGUGUGCAGAUCCUCAGUAGGAAGUCAGUGAAGGAAGUGCAGAAUGCUCUUCGUGUGCUUCACCUUGAAGUGUCUGGUACACGAGCCCAGAUCGUUGCACGUCUGUUCGAGUUCCUCCUCAAGCCCGAGGCAGAUGCAGUGAAAUACAAGGGAAAGUUACCUCCUUCCAAACGCAGAUCUGGUGCUGGUCGCAAGUCCCUCUCCAAGUUGGAAGAGAGUGAUAAGGAAGACACAUUACAAAAGCCAAAAAAGAAUGAAGGGGAGACGGAAAGUGACGAACUCGGUGACCUCUCUGAUGGCGAUGCAAAAGGCGAAGAAGAAGAGUCUGAACAUGUCGCAGAACCGAGAGUCGAUGAGGAGGAUGAAUAUGAGGAAGAAGAGGAGGAGGAGUCAGGAAAGUCGGAUGUGGAUUACGCUCCAGGGAAGAAAGUCGUGAAGAAAAGAAAAUCUACAGUUGUUGCGAGAAAGACCAAGUCACCACGGAAAGCAAAGCGGAGGAGGAAGCAAGUUAUUGAAAGUGAUGAAGACGAUGGAGUUGAUGAUGGUGAUGCUAACAGCUCUGCCAAAGAAGAGGAAGACGUGGAAGCAGAUGUAAAAAGCGCCAACGAUGGGAUGAAAGAACCAAAGCAGGUGAAGGGGGCUGACAAUGCUGAGGAGGGCACUGCUAAUGAUAAUGACGACGAGCUGUCAUCAAAAAUUGCGUCACAUUCGGUGGUCUUCCCCACUGACGAAGAGCUUAAAACAAAGGUCUUAGAAAUCUUGAAGACUGCCAAUCUCAACGAGGUUUCCAUGAAGGUCGUUCGAAAUUCUGUUUCUGAGCAGUACAAAGACAUUGACCUUUCUCCCAAGAAGCAGUUUAUCAACAGUGUUAUUGAAGAGAGUCUAGCGAUGCUUUACUUCGUAUCGUUUAUUCGGGAUGUGGCGACUGUGCGCCAAUGCCGGGCAACCAAUCUAAGUGCCGUUCUAGCGCGUCCAAUCCUGGUGGUGGAAGAGUCAUCAAUUUUUAGUACAGUCGUGUUUUUUUCUAUUUCUGGUCUUCUUUUGCAGGCCUGCGAAGCGUCCCAAUCUACAGUGGUUUAUAGGGGCGUAGAUCCACCUAUAAAACGUCACAGGCGGUGCCAAGUGCUCGUACUCUCUCCUUGGUUCUACAUCUCCACUGCUGGCUUUAUCACGGGCUUAUUGGUUGGAAUCUACCUAUUCUCCCAAUCAAAGUUGAAGCCGAUUGAUAUUGAUCGUUUGGAGGUUGCAAAAUGUCCCUCGUGUUUCGGCCAAUCGGCGUGUCCUGCUUUCUUUAGAGGGGAUGUCCGGCUGGCCACCUUCUAUGGCAGUCGACCGAUUCACGCUAGCGACUUUGAGAAGCUCAGUGAUCGCAUUGAUGUGGACUUGGGUUACAUUGGCUUUAAUUACAGAACAGCCAUCAAAACGGACUUAUUUCAUAUUGUUACCCUUCAAGGCAUGUUGGAAAGGAAGCCAGCCGUCCUCCGUCGUCUUCAAUUUCCGGCCACUUCAGAGGAUGUCGACGUCGAGGUGUGUCGACGCCAAAGAACGGACGACUUACAGGAGGGAUCACCCCAACCGCGCUGUGUUCCACAUCUUUCGAUCUGGCGUUGGAUGCCCACUACGGGAGCUGGAACUGCCGAUCCUAUCGAUGUGCGCCUGCUACGCUCCGCGUCGGCUUUCACGCGAUGUGCUUCACCACGUCUCCUAAAACUCAUUAAGUCCAGAUAUCGUGAGCGUUCAACCAAUCCCACUCUCCCGCCUCAAAGUCGAUGGCUACGCUUCGACGAGUUGACGCUUCUCUUCAACAUAGCCAUUAACCCGCACGCGGUUAUCGCGCACACCUUCCCCGCCUCCGAGGGUUGGCCCUUUCCCAUCCAAUUGGGAGCCUGUGGUCGCAUGACUUUGGAAAAGGGAACGGCAAAAUCUCUCUCUCAGUUUAGCCUUGCACCUGUAAAACAGAGACUGCAAAUAUUGAGGAGUCUCUUCCAACUGCCCGUAAGCCUUGCUUCGAAUUCCAGUUUGGGAGAUGUGGAGAGUGCUGAUUUUGCUCUCUACCUCGGUGACUAUCGUUGGGAUGUUUUUGGAGUUGAUGUCUUCACAUAUCAUGUCAGUGUGAUCCAAUCGCGACACCUGAUAGCUGUGGAUUUGCGUGAGACGACCAAAUCUCCCUCCCCUUUCAUUAUUGAGUCCAACGCUUCUUACAUACUUCAAGACGGUUGUCACGAUUACCCUUUUGCUCAAAAUACGCCAUGCGUGUCCGAGGAGCACGCCAAUCAGCUUUGCACCAGCAAUUCACUCUCUGAUCACAACUACUGGGCAGUUUGUAUGGCUGCACUGCUCAACGACCGUCUACUGGUUCGUGACAUGCCCAGUGACCUCAUCUUCAGUCUUGAGCAAUGCAUCCAAGACGCCCAAGACGGAGCUCGUCGAUCCCAUGUGGAGGCUGCCUUGGAGACAAUUGACCUUGAAUUGGCUGGUUGA